AGGCGGCUUGGGGCAGGGCAGAUUUAUAUCUGCGGAGGAUCAGCUGACGCUCUGCAUUGCAGACUGCGGAGUCCGGCGUCGCCAUGUAUACUCUCCUCCUUCUGGCCAGCCUCCUGGGUGCGGCUGCAGCCAGCCCGGUCCUAGGCCUGAAAGAAUGCACCCGAGGCUCGGCGGUGUGGUGCCAGAGCGUGAAGACGGCCGCCGACUGCGGGGCCGUGAAGCACUGCCUGCAGGCCGUCUGGAGCAAGCCGACAGUGAAAUCCCUUCCCUGCGACAUAUGCAAAGACGUCAUCACCGCAGCUGACAACAUGCUGAAGGACAAUGCCACUGAGCAGGAGAUCCUCGUGUACUUGGAGAAGACCUGUGACUGGCUCCCUAAGCCGGACAUGUCUGCCUCAUGCAAGGAGAUAGUGGACUCCUACCUCCCAGUCAUCCUGGACAUGAUUAAAGGACAGGCGAGCCAUCCUGGGGAGGUGUGCUCCGCUCUCAAUCUCUGCGAGUCUCUUCAGAAGCACCUGGCAGAGCUCAAUCACCAGAAGCAGCUUGAGUCCAAUAAGAUCCCAGAACUGGACAUGGCUGAGGUGGUGGCUCCCUUCAUGGCCAACAUCCCCCUCCUCCUCUACCCUCAGGACGGCCCCCUCAGAGAGCCCCAGCCCAAGGCUGGUGGGGACGUUUGCCAGGACUGCGUCCAGCUGGUGACUGAUGUCCAGAAUGCCAUCAGGACCAACGCCACCUUUGUCCAGGCCUUGGUGGAACAUGCCAGGGAGCAGUGUGACCGCUUGGGGCCUGGCAUGGCUGACAUGUGCAAGAACUAUAUCAACCAGUAUUCUGACAUUGCUAUCCAGUUGAUGAUGCAUAUGCAGCAGGAUCAGCAACCCAAGGAGAUCUGUGGACUGGUUGGGUUCUGUGACCAGGUGAAGGAGAUGCCCAUGCAGCCUCUGAUCCCUGCCAAAGUGGUCUCGGAGAAUGUCAUCCCUGCCCUGGAACUGGUGGAGCCCAUUAAGAAGGACCUGGUCCAGGCCAAGUCUGAUGUUCCCUGCGACUUGUGUGAGUACGUGGUGAAAGAGGUGGUCAAGCUGAUGGACUCCAACAAGACUGAGGAAGAAAUAAUUCAUGCUUUGGAUAAAGUGUGCUCAAAACUGCCCAAAUCCCUGUCCGAAGAGUGCCAAGAGGUGGUAGACACGUACGGCCGCUCCAUCCUGUCCAUCCUCCUGCAGGAGGCGAGCCCCGAGCUGGUGUGCAGCAUGCUCCAGCUGUGCUCCGCCCAGGGGCUGCCCGCACUGACUGCACACGUGACUCAGCAGAAGGACGGUGGCUUCUGUGAGGUGUGCAAAAAGCUGGUUGGCUAUUUGGACAACAACCUGGAGAAGAACAGCACAAAGCAGGAGAUCCUGGAUGCUCUUGAGAAGGGCUGCAGCUUCCUGCCUGACCCGUAUCAGAAGCAGUGUGACCAGUUUGUGGCCGAGUAUGAGCCCGUGCUGAUAGAAAUCCUGGUGGAGGUGAUGGAGCCGUCCUACGUGUGCUCGAAAAUUGGAGCCUGCCCUGCAGCCCGUAAACCUCUUUUGGGGACAGAGAAGUGUGUCUGGGGCCCCAGCUACUGGUGCCAGAACAUGGAGACAGCAGCCUCGUGCAACGCUGUCGAGCAUUGCAAACGUCACGUGUGGAACUAGAAAGAAUGUUCCAUCUUGGAGAAACCACAGCAUCUUUUCCUACUUCUGUGUCUGGGGGAAUGAGCACAGAUCUAUGGACUCUGUUAUAAAAGCAGGCCCCCUUUCCCCAUGCCGUUUCUUAUCCCCUUGUAGCAUUGCUGUCAGCGCAGGUGCCUGCCCGCUGACAAACCGCUUCAGUGCCCUUUCCUUCUGCCACGUGCAGGGUGACGUGCUGCGCCCUGGAGGGCUUUCAGCCUGCCCUGCAUGGCGGUGACCUGGGGGUGGGGCUCUGACUGGCAGCAGCCAGAGCGGCUUCACAGAAGGCCACUGUCCUCUUGGCGGGGGCUUCUGAGACCCCUGCCUACCCUAAGGAGGGACAUCUGUCUCCCCCUUCCUGGGCCUCUUGGCUGCUAAACAAAGAAGCAAAACAAAGGCGGCUUUUAUAUAAAGAUUAGAGGCUCAAAAUAGGCUUUUCACACAGUGUAGUGUGCACUGAAAUAGAGGGGGAGCGGCUGCUUGGGAGACCUGGGUGGGUUUGGGUUCGCUGCCGCUGGGUCGGCCUUUGACCCAGCUUCCCCUUGUCUGUCCUGGUGAUGCCUUGUUUAGGGCUGUGGGUUUGGGUGGGAGGGGAAAUCCACCUGAAUGCAGCCUCGUAGCUCUGGAGGACCUGCGGGCCUGGCUUCUGUGUGUGGACCGCCGCAUGCCUGCUCUUGUUCUGCCCGGCUGAGGCCCGCUCUGGGCCUCUGCACGCCGCCCGGGCCACCCCUGCCCUGGCAGUCACAGCCGUCCCGACCCAUUUCGUGGGUGUUCCUUUUGACCUUGAAAUAAAUGUGGAGGACAAGCUCCUAAGCCUCUGGCUUCCAGGUGGAGGGCUGCUGGGUGUGCUGUUCAGGGGCGGCUGCUGCCCUGCUCGCUGUCUGGUUGGCUGCUUUGCACGUCUGGUUGUCAGGAGACGGCAAGACCUGCAGUCGCCAUUAAAUGGACUUAACGAUUUUUUUGUUUUGCACUAAAGUUUCUGUGAUUUAACAAUAAAGUCUGUCAAUCAGG